CUUUACCAGUAUAUUGUUUUAAUCCAUCACACGAAAUUUUGCUUGUGUGACCUGUAAAUCCCGCAAGUCUCAAUAUGUGGACAGCUGAAUCUGAAGUUGUACAGUUAGCGCGUAAAUAAACAAUCUCGUCAGUUUACCUUGAUAAUGUCGUCUAAGGCAAACGUAGUCUUAGAGACUUUGAUUAUUGCUUUGGUCUAUUUCAGUGUAGUAGACUGUGACACAUGUCCAGCAGACAGCUUUGCGAACUCCUUAGCAGCUGACCAGUUUAGUUGUGCGAGAAAGUGGUUGCCGGUCAAGCAGCUUCAUUGGACGAAGAAGAAAAGAAUACUGGUAACCGGUGGUGCCGGUUUUGUUGGCUCUCAUUUAGUUGAUAAAUUAAUGCAAGAUGGCCACGAGGUUAUAGCUCUUGACAAUUUUUUCACAGGAAAACGACAUAAUAUCGAACAUUGGAUUGGACAUAGUAAUUUUGAACUUUUACAUCAUGAUGUUACCAAUCCUAUAUAUGUGGAAGUGGAUGAAAUUUACCACUUGGCUUCACCAGCGUCACCUCAACAUUAUAUGCAUAAUCCUAUACGUACUAUUAAAGCAAACACAUUGGGUACUUUAAAUAUGUUAGGAUUAGCUCGUCGUACAAAUGCCAAAUUUUUAUUCGCUUCUACUUCAGAAAUUUAUGGCGAUCCUGAAGUCCACCCUCAACCUGAAUCCUAUUGGGGUAAUGUAAAUCCAGUUGGUCCAAGAGCUUGUUAUGAUGAAAGUAAACGACUUGGUGAAACAAUGACUUAUGCUUACUUUAGACAUCUUAAUCUUCCUGUUAGAGUUGCUCGUAUAUUCAAUACAUAUGGACCAAGAAUGCAAGUUAAUGAUGGUCGAGUGGUAACUAAUUUCAUUGCACAAGCAUUAAACAAUGAAUCGAUUACGGUAUAUGGGUUAGGGGAACAAACCAGAUCUUUUCAGUAUAUCAGCGAUCUUGUGAAUGGUCUUGUAGCUUUAAUGGAAUCCAAUUAUACAAUGCCUGUUAAUUUGGGAAAUCCUGUCGAGUUUACAGUGAAUGAAUUAGCAAUCAUGGUCAAGAAUUUUACAGAUAGCAAAAGUGAUAUAAUUUAUCAACCGUUACCAAUUGAUGAUCCUCAGCGAAGACAACCUGAUAUAAGUACAGCUAUAAAACAGUUAAAUUGGAAACCGACAGUAACUUUACAAGAAGGAUUAAGUAAAACUAUAAUUUAUUUCAAAGAUAUUUUAAAACCAUCAUCUGAAUGUGACGUGCAUUAGAUAACUUCAAGGAUCAAGAUUUACAUAAUGUUGUUACACUGUACACCAUUAUGAAUGUUGAUUUCUUUUCAAAUUAAAAUUUAGCUUAUUAUGUAUCUUGAUGUAAAGUGUCUCUUUUUUUUCUUGUAUAUUAAUUGAUAAAAAUAUAAAUAUUAUGAUUGGA